AUGUCAUACUUCUUCUCCACGCCUGUCGACAUUGACAUAGUCCUCGAGGACACCGAUGACAGGACCAUGAUCGAUAUGAAGCUCGACAAGGGCCGGCGAGAAAAAGCCCCGUUGUAUAUGGAUGGCGAGUCCGUAAAGGGAGGCGUAACGAUAAGACCGAAAGAUGGCAAGAGGCUGGAACAUACGGGCAUUAAGGUCCAGUUUAUCGGCACAAUUGAGAUGUUCUUUGACAGAGGCAAUCACUACGAGUUCUUAUCCCUGGGCCAAGAACUCGCUGCCCCAGGUGAUCUCCAACAUCCGCAAACCUUCGACUUCAACUUCAAGAACGUGGAAAAGCAGUAUGAAUCCUACAAUGGCAUCAACGUCAAGCUACGCUACUUCGUGCGGGUCACAGUAUCGCGGCGGAUGGCAGAUGUAAUACGGGAGAAAGACAUCUGGGUGUACUCCUACCGGAUACCGCCUGAGACAAACAGCUCGAUCAAGAUGGAUGUGGGGAUUGAGGACUGCCUCCACAUUGAAUUCGAGUAUUCGAAGUCCAAAUACCAUUUGAAGGAUGUGAUUGUGGGGAGGAUAUACUUUCUGCUGGUGCGGUUAAAGAUCAAACAUAUGGAGCUGUCAAUUAUACGGAGGGAGACGACGGGUGUUGCGCCGAAUCAAUAUAAUGAGAGUGAGACGUUGGUCAGAUUUGAGAUCAUGGAUGGCUCGCCGUCAAGAGGAGAAACCAUCCCUAUCCGCCUGUUCCUAGGCGGUUUUGACCUCACUCCCACAUUCCGCGAAGUCAACAAGAAAUACUCCACCCGCUACUACCUGAGUCUCGUUCUCAUUGACGAAGAUGCCCGUCGCUACUUCAAGCAAUCGGAAAUCGUCCUCUACCGGCAAGCGCCCGAAAUCGCCGCCGCCCAAUUACAGCAAGCACAGUCGCAACCUCAGCAAAUCACUGGAGCGGCCGGAUGA